ACUAUCGAUAGUGCCAUCGAUAGUUUUCCAGCUCUAAUUUGAGAUUAGUUGAAAAUUUUUGUUGCCUCCAUAAUUUGGUUAAUUUUAUUGGUGGAUUGUAGUAUUUCCGAUAGACAAAAUGAGGAUCCCUUUUGGCAAAAAACAUGCUGAAAUAGCUACAUCUUUCGUCUCGUCGGCCGCUGGUUUUGGUGGCGCAGCGGGGCUUGCGCUACUCUACUUCACAGACUGGAAGGUCGUGUUGCAGUACGUGCCAAUCUAUAAUACGAAAUUCGAUAAAUCCGAAUAAAUUAAUCGUUAAAGUUUACAACAUGUGUUCCAAAAUAAAGUCAAAUUUUCCGUGAAAGGUGCGGCUAAAACGAAA